CGCCAACAACAGUUGCGAUCUCUCAAUAUUCUUGACCGUCACAACAUCGUUCAAUACCCGUCCACCUUCAGCAUGGAUCCUUCACAAGAUAUGUCUCAUGCUGUAGAGAAACCCGCGUCGAUCCACGACAGUGCAAGAGGCUCGGUGGAGCCGGAAAUGUUGGACGACUUUCAUCGUCUGGUCCAAGAUGUAUCCACAGUCCUGGGUCCCAGCAACGGAAUCGACAGCGAAGGAGUCGACGUCGAAGAACUCAAGCGUCUCAUGUCCUCCUACCAAAGCCAGGAGCACGACUGGGACCGGUAUGCAUUCCCAGACGCCUCCCGAGGAUACACACGAAACUUGGUGUCGAACAUCAACGGCAAAGCCAACUUGCUCCUCCUCGUCUGGACACCCGGUAAAGGGAGUCCCAUUCACGACCAUGCCAAUGCGCACUGCGUCAUGAAGAUCCUGAAGGGUCGCUUGACGGAAACCGUCUACGCAUGGCCAUGUGAGGAUCCAGCCAACCCGACGGCUUUCACCAAGGAGACGAUGUAUGCGACAGAUCAGGUCACCUACAUGUCUGAUAGCAUUGGCUUGCAUCGAAUUAGAAAUCCUAGCAACGAGGAGUUCGCUGUCAGUCUGCACUUGUACACGCCUCCCAAUGCCGCGAAGCACGGUUGUCACAUCUUCGAUCCCAGGACUGGUCAGAAGUCGCAUGUCGCUCAAUGUCACUUCUACUCAGAGUACGGAGUCAAGACGGCUUGA